UUAUUUUUUGGUAUUUUUUGGUACUUUGGAAAUUGGCAGAUAGAUAUAACUCGCGUUGCGGGUAUGGGUAGGUAUGGGUAUAGCGCGCUGUGGAUUAAUCUGCUUAUGAUUGGCCCAUAAGUAGCUCCGCGUAAAAAAAGAAGCAGGAAGCGGCCACUCAUCGGCUCAGCGGUCGCACGGCACCGAUACGCUCCACACAGCCUAUAGAUACACACACACACACACAUAUAUAUAUAUAUAUAUAUGCCCACUAGGCAAACGAGCGACUCGUCUCCUACGGUCCUGAUACAAAUUACAAUCGCACGCGUACUUUUCCUCUCUGAUGGUCCCUAUCUCCAAAACACGCAGAUGAUUUGAUGCAUUUGAAAUGAACAACUUUAGUGAUGGAGCGAAUAUAAUGCGCUCGAUCGAGCUUACAGAGAAUUAGAGAGAUGCGUGUUAGGUACGUUAGGCGCGUGGUCCAGCGGUCUCGAUCUCGUUCGCGCGGCUGGAAGCUGGAGCAGUAGGCAGAGAGUAGGUGGAUAGAGCCCUGCUAGCCCCAUUACAACGUUCUAGCUUCCUGAAUGGGGAGCCUCCUCGCACAAUAUCUGACGCGGGCGCAGAUUGACUAGCUCCGCCGCCGAGCGAGAUUCGUGGUGCUCGCACUGCCGUCGUCGGGCUCAUAUUCCACCCAUUCGGUGCAGUAAGUAGGUAGAGAGAGAGAGAGAGAGAGAGAGAGAGUUUUGGGAAAAGAACCCGCGCGAGCAGAGGGCUAUGAGUAGGCUGCAGCGAGGGCUUUCCCCGCGAGCGCUCUAUCGGUCGCGCAGCAGCAGAGGCUCGGCUGCAAGCUACUGAUAUCGGCACUGGCCCGCACCGAGGGAAGUCUGCGGAGGAAUGUCGCUGCUCCAGCGGAUUUCCGGGGCCAUCGCGGUGCUGCGCGGAGCCCCGCUCGAGUCGACGAGUCUGCAAAGAUCCCAGAUCGAGCAGACGACUGCCGAGGACGAGGCGGCGCACGAGCCGGAGAAGAAACUGCCGAGCAGAGCUAAGAUCGCCGGCAGGGCCAAAGCGAUGGGCGGCCUGCUGGAGAUCUGGGUGAGGGAGAACCUGCUGCUCGUCCUGACGGUCCUCGGCGUUCUGCUGGGCUGCCUCCUCGGCUUCGUGGGCCGGCUCGGCGACUUCUCGGCCCAGAGCAUCAUGCUCAUCGGCUUCCCCGGGGAGAUCCUGAUGCGCACCCUCAAGAUGUUCAUACUGCCGCUCAUCGUCUCGUCCCUGAUCGCAGGAAUGGCCCAGCUGGACGCGCGCAGCUCCGGCCGGAUAGGCGUUCGGGCGCUGACCUACUACAUGGCCACGACCGUCCUGGCGGCGCUGGUCGGCAUAGCCGUGGUCCUGCUCAUCCACCCGGGCGACCCGAGGAUCAAAAACAUCGUCGCCCAGGGCGCCGGCGACGAGGCCAAGGUCUCGAGCCUCGACGCCAUCCUCGACAUAAUCAGAUACGUAUGUAUAUAUAAAAAACGAACAAACGCGCAGAAACAUGGUGCCGGAGAACCUCGUGCAGGCGUGCUUCCAGCAGGUCCAGACGACGUACGUGAAGAAGAAGGUCGUGGUCAUCGGCGAGAGCCCGAGCCAGAGCGGCUACCUGCUCGAGCCGGCCCUCGUCUACAGGGACGGCACCAACGUCAUGGGCAUGAUCGUCUUCUGCAUAAGCUUCGGCCUGCUGGCCGGGCACAUGGGGCCCCGCGGCAAGCUCAUGGUCGACUUCUUCGUCGCGCUCAACGAGAUCGUCAUGAAGUUCGUCAGCCUCAUCGUCAUGUGGUACUCGCCCUUCGGAAUAAUGUGCAUCAUCGCCGGCAAGAUCAUGUCCAUCUCGAACUUGGCCGCGACCGGCCAGAUGCUCGGGCUCUACAUGCUCACCGUCGUGCUGGGCCUCCUCGUCCACGGCGUCAUCACGCUGCCCCUCAUCUACUGGCUGAUCACGCGGCGCAACCCCGCCGUCUUCUUCAAGGGCAUCAUGCAGGCCUGGAUCACCGCCGCGGGAACCGCCUCGAGCGCGGUGACUCUGCCGAUAACGUUCCGCUGCCUCGAGGAGAACAACAAGAUCGACCCCAGGGUCACGAGGUUCGUCGUCUCGGUCGGGGCGACCGUCAACAUGGACGGGACCGCGCUGUACGAGGCCGUCGCUGCCAUUUUCAUCGCCCAGAUGAACGGCAUCAGCUUGGGCGUCGGCGAGGUCAUCACCGUCAGCUUGACGGCGACGCUGGCCAGCAUAGGCGCGGCCAGCAUCCCCAGCGCCGCGCUCAUCACCAUGCUCCUGGUCCUGACCGCUCUGGGCCUGCCCACCUCCGACGUGUCUCUGCUCUUCGCCGUCGACUGGUUCCUUGAUCGAAUACGGACAUCGGUUAACGUACUCGGCGACGGCUUCGGCGCGGGCAUCGUCUACCACCUCAGCAAAGACGAGCUCGAUCAAAUGGACGGACUCAAAAAACUGGGCGCUCUGGAGACCGUCGUCGUGCCCGUACUGCAGGAGCAGACCAGCAACGACAAACUCCAGUUGGAGAAGAAAGAUGCGGAUAAGGACAUCGCCGGGAUCGCGGAGUCGACUUCCGAGACAAAAAUAUAACAUUCAAAAAGGCGGGAUGUAUUUCCAAGAAAUUCAACUGAUCAGCCGUCAACCGCAACAAGUUGCCAUGUAAGCAGCUAAUGCAGAUGAAAGAUAUAACAAAGCAAAGAGUAAAAGCAUGUCAAGUACAAAUCUCCUUAGGCUUACUGCAGGAGUUCAUCAAUUUUAUUCAGACUAUAAAGCUAUUGUUAUUAUUAUUAUUAAUGUUAUUAUUAUUAUUAUUAUUAUUAUUAUUCUAGGAGGCUGUAACGAACCUAUAUAUAAGUUUUAAGCGAAAAUGAGUGAAUCCCCCUAUACAGAUAACACCAUGUUUACUUUUGAAUGGCAAAACUGUGAAUGAUAUUUGCUAUUAAUAUAAGACUUGUAAUAAAAAUCUACAUUCAUGUCCUGUAACUACUAGAGGCCGUCGAAGCAAUUCUCUACGAUAUACUUGUUAUUUUUGUAUUUUAUAAAUGCCGACGUUCAAGGGUUAUCAAACAUGUAUUUCGAUGUAUUCCACAUACUAAAAUAAAAUUUUAGAAAAUUCCCAAA